UUUAAAACCUGAGGUGGAAGUGAGAAGCUUCCGGCCGGUUGGAGCCAUGGUGCGCCGCUCGUCCUGCCCCAGACUCUGCUCCCGCUCCUCGGCCUACACGCUGGCCCUCGGCCUGGGCUUUGUCACGCUGGGGACCAGUCGCAUUGUGCUGCUCAAAUUCUCUGCCAACGCCGAGAACAAGUAUGACUUCCUGCCUGCGUCUGUCAACCUGCUGGCUGAAGCUCUCAAGCUGCUCUUCUGCCUGGUUAUGUCAGUCAGAGUGAUAGUCCGAGGUUUGAUCCAGCAGCCCAACAACGUUUUUGGAGAGAAGGACGAUAGAGAGAACGGAAUGGCAUGGAGUGGGCAGUUCAUGAACUCCUGGGAAGAUGUCACCACCACAGAUAAAGGUCUGAAAAAUAAAUGGCGCUGGGCGUGGCUAGAGGAGACGGGGGGCCAGAUGGCGUUUAGCAGCUGGAGCAGGAAGUCAGGUCAACCAGGCGCUAGCUUCUGCACGCUGCGCUCCAGGAACGCUUAUUUACGCAUCCAGCGGCUAAAAGGUGCUACGCUAACAGGAGAAAAGGAACUGGAGAAAGAAGAUCUGGAGAAAUGUCUGUGGUCAGAUCUGCUGGGACCUCUCUGUCCGCUGCCUUCAGACUUCAAAAGCUCAUCUUCCUUGAACCCAAAUAAAGCAGAUUUCUGUGAUUGUUUUUUGGUAAAAUCUUCCUUCGUUUAUGGCGGCUGCUUCUCCUGUUUCCAGGCCAUGGCCGUGCUGUUCUCCAACUUUGUCAUCCUGACCACAGCCGUUCUCUUUCGAGUCGUUUUAAAGAGGCGCCUGUCUUGGGUUCAGUGGGCAUCUUUGCUUGUGCUUUUCCUGGCCAUCGUCUCCUUGACAACAGGAUCCGGGGGGAACCAGAGCUCCAUAGCAGUGCCGGGCCUCCACUCUAAUCCCCUCUCCACCCCCUCCAACUCCUGCAUCCUCUACACCCAGCUGCUGGAGGAGAUGAAAAACAGCAGCGCCUCUGAAUCGUGGAUGUCGUCGCUGCCCGGUCAGGCCUGGAGGGACAGGAUGGUGGCGAGGCUGCAGUCGCUCGGCGUGGGCCACCUCCUGCUCCUGCUGCAGUGUUUCAUUUCUGCCAUGGCCAACAUCUACAACGAGAAGAUCCUGAAAGAGGGCGACCAGCUGACGGAGAGCAUCUUCAUUCAGAACAGCAAACUGUACGUCUUUGGGGUGGUGUUCAACCUUCUGACUCUGGGGCUCAGCCGCGAGGCUCGAGGACUCACCGUCCACUGCGGCCUUCUCCACGGACACAACAUCUACUCCUUGGCUUUGGUGCUGGUCACCGCUGCCCUGGGUUUAUCCGUGGCCUUCAUCUUAAAGUUCAGAGACAACAUGUUCCACGUGCUGACGGGUCAGAUCACCACCGUACUCGUUACCGGCUUCUCCCUCUUCCUGUUUGACUUCCGCCCGUCGCUGGACUUCUUCCUGCAGGCCCCCAUGGUCCUGCUCUCCAUCUUCAUCUACAACGCCAGCCGUCCAAAGGACCCCGAGUACAGCCUGCAGCAGGAGAAGCUGCGGGUCAUCAAUGGGGAGGUGUUCGAGAGGUCCAGGGGGGACGGCGAGGAGCUGGAGCUCCUCACCAAGACCAACACAGACAGCGACUCUGACGAGGACUCCCUGUGAAUCCUGAUCUCUGGGGAUGUCGGCAGCGCUGAAGCUCCUGGACCAGGACGCCGUCUGGCGGCGUUUCUGUGAAGCGAUAAACGUGCCUGUUUGUGCAGAACUGCUGUGGUUUGGACAGAAAACAGAGAUGUUAUUAAAAGCUGCAGCAGCGUUUGGCUGUUGGUGGGAGUUUCCUGUGUAAAUAUGCCUGUAAAACUGGAGG